CCGCCCCUCGGAGUUGUAACUCCACGUCCGAAGGCAGUUUCCAAGGUGGAAGCUGGGUCCGGCUGCCAGGAAGCGGCCGGUGCGCGGGCUGCGCGGGGCUCGGCUUCCACGUGCGAGCCUGCACCGCCGCCCCGCCCUCUCCUGGCGGCCAGGCCUGGGGACUCCCUGCCCCGGGACGGCGCCUCGCGUUCCGCCGUGGCCGUGGCCGUGGCCAGAACGUCCACGCGCGGUCGUCCACCGCCGGAUCUCGCUCCAGCGCCCGUGGCCCGGCCUGUAGGGAGCCGAUCGCCCAUGGAGGGUCUGGGCCGCUCGUGCCUGUGGCUGCGCCGGGAGCUGUCGCCCCCGCGGCCGCGGCUCCUGCUCCUGGACUGCCGCAGCCGCGAGCUGUACGAGUCGGCGCGCAUCGGUGGGGCGCUGAGCGUGGCCCUGCCGGCGCUCCUGCUGCGCCGCCUGCGGAGGGGCAGCCUGUCGGUGCGCGCGCUCCUGCCUGGGCCGCCGCUGCAGCCGCCCCCGCCUGCCCCCGUGCUCCUGUACGACCAGGGUGGGGGCCGGCGCCGGCGCGGGGAGGCCGAGGCCGAGGCCGAGGAGUGGGAGGCCGAGUCGGUGCUGGGCACCCUGCUGCAGAAGCUGCGAGAGGAAGGCUACCUGGCCUACUACCUCCAGGGAGGCUUCAGCAGAUUCCAGGCCGAGUGCCCUCACCUGUGUGAGACCAGCCUUGGUGGCCGUGCCGGCUCCAGCAUGGCCCCGGUGCCCAGUCCAGUGCCUGUGGUGGGGUUGGGCAGCCUGUGCCUGGGUUCCGACUGCUCUGAUGCGGAAUCCGAGGCUGACCGCGACUCCAUGAGCUGUGGCCUGGAUUCGGAGGGUGCCACACCCCCACCAGUGGGGCUGCGGGCAUCCUUCCCCGUCCAGAUCCUGCCCAACCUCUAUCUGGGCAGUGCCCGGGAUUCCGCCAAUUUGGAGAGCCUGGCCAAACUGGGCAUCCGCUACAUCCUCAAUGUCACCCCCAACCUCCCAAACUUCUUUGAGAAGAAUGGCGACUUUCACUACAAGCAGAUCCCCAUCUCCGACCACUGGAGCCAGAACCUGUCGCAGUUCUUUCCGGAGGCCAUUGAGUUCAUUGAUGAGGCCUUGUCCCAGAACUGCGGGGUGCUCGUCCACUGCCUGGCGGGGGUCAGCCGUUCUGUCACCGUCACCGUGGCCUACCUCAUGCAGAAGCUCCACCUCUCUCUCAACGAUGCCUAUGACCUGGUCAAGAGGAAGAAGUCUAACAUCUCCCCCAACUUCAACUUCAUGGGGCAGUUGCUGGACUUUGAGCGCAGCCUGAGGCUGGAGGAGCGCCGCUCGCAGGAGCAGGGCAAUGAGGGGCAGGAAUCUGCGGCCUCCAACCCGCCCUCCUUCUUCACCACCCCCACCAGUGAUGGCGCCUUCGAGCUGGCCCCCACCUAGGGCCCCGUGGCCGGUGGGCCGGCCCCUGCCCCACCCCCACCCACGGGUGUCCCUGCCCACUCGUGUGGCAAGGGAGGGGAGGGCGGGAGGGCUCGGCCUGAGCAGGGUGCUGGAGGGAGAGCGCAAUACCUCACGCGGGCUGCCAUCCUAAUCAACGUGCCUACGGCGGGACCACGCUCGGAGCCUGCCUCUUCUGCGACUGUUACUUUUUUCUUUGCGGGAUGGGGGUGGGGGUUCCCUCUCCAGGUGGUUGUCCAGGCCCAGGCCCCGGCCCUGGGUGCUCGGCCAGCUCGGCUAGGCCCUGCGCCUCCCUGCGCUUCCCCCUUCAGGCCCAAAUGGCCGCUUGGGGGAGACGAGUUUGCCAUCGCUGGUGUUGUCACCUCCCUGUUUCUCCACCAAGGGCUUGGGCCUCUCGGGGCUGGGGCCUCCCAGGGGAUGGGGACCCAGAGGUGCAGUGGCCGCCCACAUCCAUGGCCUAGGAGCUACUGGGCAGGUUCCCGGCCACACAUCUGGUGGGCUUUUUUUUUUUUCCUCUUUCCCCAGAUGUCUUGACGGGAUCACUGGGGCUCUUUGUGAGUGAGGGUGGCCAAACUACCGCCAGAGGAGAUGGGGUCUCAGAGCGAGAGCUGGGGAGGGGGAGGGGAAGAAGAAGGCCUCACUUUUGCUGCUGCGGGGCCCACACAGCCGCUGCUACUUUGGGGGGUGGGGAAGGGGCCAAGCUGCAGACACACACAGUCAUUCAUUUCUGUCCACACCCCUGUGGGUGGCGGGUGUGCGUGUGUGUGCUUGUGUGUGCGUGCGUGUCGGCACUCACACACACAUGCUAGCCCACUGAUGCACCCAGCCCAGGGCUGGCAGUCUUUGCGGCGCGGGGCCAUCUCACCCUGGAGCCUGGAGAGGAUCUAUGCUUGUUUGUUUUUGUAAUCCAUAUCAUAGUUGCUUUCUUUAAUUGUUCCUUCUGAAUAAACAGUUUAUUUAAGA